AUGAAGAAACUGCUUGUUUUGAUUUUGCUCGCAAAUUGCAUCGACACCCAUCCCCGAAGACAUCAGCGUCGCGAAGUUGCUCGGAAUUCAGAUGAAUCUAAAGCAACAGAAGCCAGCUGCGAAACGCAGUGCGACGCGCAGUGGAAAGACGAUUUUCAAGUGCUCCAUGGAAAGCCCUUCGAUCUCAACUUUUUUGAUGUACCCCUCGAUUUGACCGUCAUUUCAUCGCGCAAAGAACUGACAAGCUUUUGCGGAAUUACCACCCAGAAAUCAAGUUGUUACAAGAAUGAAUGCGGACAUCGCAAGCUCGAGUGGACACCCGAACGCCACAUCUGCGAGUUGCACUACCAAGAGUUCAAGAAUUCGAUCAACUGCUUGAGCAAGACAAAAGAAAUCGUGCAUAAGGAAUGCUCGACUGUCUGCGAUCGGGUAGUGCAACAGCGGAUAUCACCUGCGGAGCGGAAAUUUUUGGAGCAGCGAAAGCUAUCGCGGGAGGGAUUGCGGGAGUUUGAGCGUCAAAACGGGAUCUGCACGUUUGUAUCUUGCCACAACAUGUGCCAUGAAAAAGUUGUGUUACACAAAUGUGAGCCGGCUGAGAAGCAUAAGACGGUGAAAUUGAUUAACGCCUACUACCAGGAAUAUAUGAGAAAGGAGUUUGAAAUUUUUGCGCUGCCGGAUCAUCAAGUAUUAUUUUCAUCGUUCUGCCGUAGGAUUACACCGGAUGAAGAUGAGAAUGAAUUCGUACCCGGAAAUGGUGCAUACAACAACCGCACUCUUAGUCGGAUCAGUAACGCUGUCCGACAAGUUGUGGAAUUUAUGGAAGAACAGGAGCAGCAAGAAAGCGAAGAGGAG